AUUUGAUGGCUCUUACUGAUGGAGGCUUUCUCGAAUUAUUGGGACAGGGUUUCUAAAGACAACAAGUGAGUGCCUUGGGCUGAUUCAGAGCUGGCGUGAGGACAAGGUUAGAAGUAGGUAUGCGUUGAUAAACAUCUAAUCAGAUAGGAAGCAGGUAACGUGUUUCCUUCGUUCAGAAGAGCGCAUUCCUAGGAGGAACUAGGGCACCGCAGCCCAUAGGUACCUGGGAGAAACAGCUGUCCCCAGCAAGACUGAGCCGGGCAGAAAUGCUCUGGGUGACAGGUCGGUGCCCGGCCCGUGUAGCAGCCUGAAGCUUGAGCUCCACGCUGUAGUCAUUCCAAGCCCUACCUUGGCUGGUUCCUCACCCUCGUGCGGGCAGUAGGCUGGCUGAGAACCGCAAGAGCGAGAUUUCAAACAUGGAACUUCUUCUAGAACUUUAGCGUUCAACAGAUUGUUGGACGAUCAAAAAAUUAUCUCGCGCUGCACACAGCAUGAGUCACGUGGACAUUUCUCUUCCAACUGUAGCAUUCUUGGCAACCCUUCAAGGUAAAAUUGUCAGUGAAGGAAAAAGCAACUUGACUCAAAGCAUCUCUCGAUUCACGUUGGGCAACCACAACAGAGCAAAUCCCCCGAAGGAAAAUGAGUGGGGACACAUCUGCCCUCCCACUUUGCAGACACUGAGUGGAUUUUUCAGGAAAUGCUCCCAGAAGAAGCCAGUAAGGACAUGGAGGAAGCAGGACAGUGAAGAAGAAGCUAAGUGAGGUGGAUCAGAAGCAAACCCCACGGAGGGUAGCCUCUGGCUGAUCGCAUGAGCAGCUCUGGAGGAAACCGAACAUUGUCCUGAUUUAUGCCUUUGAUGAGAUGUACAGUAUGUUGUAAGAAAAAGAUAUCUUCUCAACGCUUUGAAGAUGCUCAUAAAAUGGUGAAAAAGAUGCCAAAAGAGAUUAUUCACUAAAAUUAGGACAUAUCCAGAGUCCUAACUUUUGUGUGUUGCAAAUAUAAAAGGCAAGCCAUGUGACAGAGGGACAGAAGAACAAAAGCAUUUGGAAGUAACAGGACCUCUUUCUAGCUCUCAGAAAAGUCUGAGAAGAAAGGAGCCCUGCGUUUCCCCCAAGCUGCACAGCAGCUAUGGCGGUGAUGGAUUGCAAGUGGAAAGAGUAAGACAGAACUCGGGCCUUCAAAGGACAAUGACAACCAGAAAGCUUCGGCCAGAUCCUGCCCUUUGCUUGAAAGGAACUGGAGCCUAGGAGGCAAAGGCUUUUCCGAUUUCUAGUCCUCUGCCUCCCUCUGCUGUUCCUUCUCAGAAGUUUUCCUUACAACAAUGAGAACUCAUGUGCUAGCUGCAUCCUUCUCCAUGCUCUCCCUGCUGGCGCUAAUGGGAGAUACGGACAGCAAAACGGACAGCUCCUUCAUGAUGGACUCGGACCCUCUGCGCUGCAUGCGACACCACUAUGUCGAUUCUAUCAGUCACCCGUUGUACAAGUGUAGCUCAAAGAUGGUGCUUCUGGCCAGGUGCGAGGGGCACUGCACCCAGGCAUCACGCUCUGAGCCCUUGGUGUCCUUCAGCACUGUCCUCAAGCAGCCCUUCCGCUCCUCCUGUCACUGCUGCAGGCCCCAGACCUCCAAGCUGAAGGCACUACGGCUGCGCUGUUCGGGGGGCAUGCGGCUCACGGCCACCUACCGGUACAUCCUCUCCUGUCACUGUGAGGAAUGCAGCUCCUGAGGCCUCCCGCCGGGUGGCUUCUAGAUGGGACAACCUCCCCCUCGCCGAGGCUGUUCAACCGGCCAGGGAAGGACUGGCAAGAAAAGAGUUAAGGGGAAAAAAAAAAGAUGCAGCCAUUCCCACGGGAUUCUGCGUAUUCUAGUAAUAAAGGCUCUCCACGCUUGUUGACAGAGAGAUGCUCUGGGAACUGGUCUUCCAUCCCUGUCUCCUUUCCCUGGUACAAUUUCUUUUGGUUCCUUUUCAGAUUCAAGCAUUUGCACCCUUGGCGCGGAAUGCUAUUCGGGUUUCCAACAAUUCCAGCACGAGCAGGGAAAGUGCCCCCUCCCCCUGCCGUGCUGGAGUGGGUCAAGCUGUCACUGUUGGGUGCAGAUUAGGGAAGCAUUCGCUUUGGAAAGCAGGAAAGUCCAACUCUUUUCUGCAAUGCUGUCUGGGUUAGUUCGGUUUGGUUUUGACCUUGUCGUUUGGUCUAAGGUUGCCAUCACUGCUAAAGGUUACCAAUGGCAAAUUCUAGGCCCCAAGCAGGUUGGGGAUGUGUAGCCAGGCUCACUCACAGCCAGCUAACUGACAUUAAAAUCACUAACAAAUGGAUUCUCUUACGUGAUGCUGGAACCCCUGAGAGCGGUCAUUAUGAUUCAGAAAUGACUUUUGGGGAGUAAAGGUGGCAUACAGAAUUUGUCACCUGAAGGCUCUUGCAGAUAAAUUAUGGCAAAAUUUUGUAAGGGAGCAGACUUUUAAAGACCUGCACAAACACGGAUCCUGCACUGACUUUGAAAAAGGCUUAUAUGUACUAGUGGCAUGGAGAACGCACUAUACUCAUGCAUGCAAAUUAGACGAGCAAGUAUGACUCUAUUUGUGGGUGUGCUGUAGCUUUAGCCAUGUCGCGGCAUCAUUCUCUACCAUCCACUUGUCCAUGUGAAGCUUGCUGCCAAAAUGGCGGCCUGGCUCAUCUUCUGAACAUUUGGCUCAACUCUAUUUUGGUCCUUGAGACUCAAAAUUUGAGUUAUUCCCAUGUUGUGAAAUAAA